GCUUUACACUCUCACUCUGGAUUUUCAUCCGAGCAGUUUCCCUCAUGCUAGCUUUGUGUGGUACAUUCCCCGGCUGCUAAAGCUGACUUGUUGGUUAGCAUGCUAGCUAGCCGAUGCUAUUUUAAAAUACAUGCGGUUGAUUCUGAUGCUAGUUAUAUCCUGUUACAGGUCAAUAAUUUGCGGAAUAUAUGUACAUCAGUGUAGGCAUCACUUGCUUUAUUGUAACAUAGAUCCGUGUUUAUGAAAGAAUUUGCAGCAGCUGAGCCACACGGAGCUGAAGCAUGGAGGCAGUUCUGAGCAGGCUGCGGGGGCUAACUCCUGAUGAACUGCGUGAGGAGUUUGCCCGAGCAGACCUCAAGUGCGGCCCCAUCACAGCCACCACUCGAGCCACCUUUGAGAGGAAGUUAGCCCGAGUCCUCGCCGGGCCAGAGAGCAGUGCUACUGAAUCAGACGGCAGCUCUCCAGCUGGAAGCACAGGCAGUGCGGCCUGCGUUGCCGAACAUGCCAAAUCUAUGUCAUGUGCCACAGCAGUUGCGUCCACCUCUACUGCUGCAACGAGCAGCAACCCUGCUGAGACUGCCAACGAAGAGUUAGACUUUGGUUAUGGUGUGGGUCUCAACCCUCCAGAGGAAGAAGAGAUCUCCGUAAAAGCCUCAAAAUGCACCACUGAAGGCAGUAACUCUGAAUCCAAAACAGAAACCCCCUCAAAACAGGCACAAAUGUCCCCAACUUUUUAUUAUGGAGUUUGUCCACUGUGGGAGGAUGUUCUGGCUAGAAAUGAAAGAGCACAUGUAUACACAGAUAAGAAAGAUGCCCUUCAAGCAGUGAAGAUGAUGAAGGGGGCACGCUUCAAAGCGUUUCCCAAUCGGGAGGAUGCUGAGAAGUUCGCUAAGGGGAUCUGUGACUACUUCCCUUCUCCCAACAAAUCUGCACCCUGUGUUUCUCCAGUCAAACCAGGCCUGGUCAUCAGCAAAGACAACAUGGAGGUUGAUACCAUCAACCGAGAGCGAGCAAACAGUUUCAAGAGUCCGCGCACCCAGGACCUAACCGCCAAGCUGAGAAAAGCUGUGGAGAAGGGAGAUGAGUUGGGCUUCAGCGAGCUGGUAUGGAGCAACCCAAGAUAUCUCAUCGGCUCAGGGGAUAAUCCCACUAUAGUCCAGGAGGGCUGCAGGUACAACGUCAUGCAUGUUGCAGCAAAAGAGAACCAGGCGGGAAUUGCUCAGCUGCUAUUAGACACCUUGGAAAACCCUGAGUUUAUGCGCCUCAUGUACCCAGAUGACCAGGAACUCAUGCUGCAGAAACGUAUCCACUACAUUGUAGAUCUUUACCUCAACACCCCAGAUAAGGCUGGCUUUGAAACCCCGCUCCACUUUGCCUGUAAAUUUGGAUGUCCGGACGUGGUCAAUGUCCUGUGCUCGCAUCCUGACAUCGAUAAGAACUGCAAGAACAAGGACGGUCAGAAGCCUUGUGAUCUUAUUUGUAGCAGAAAAAACAAGACCCAAGAAGUGAAGCAGAAGAUAUGUGAAUAUUUGGAGGACCGCUGUUACAUCCCUUUACUGAGGGCAACAGACAACACCUCUCAGCCCAUCAUCGGUGCUCUUUGGUCCCCUGAAUCCUCAGAAAGUCUCUCACAGAUCCAGUGGCAUUCAAGAAGCCCCAUGGACCCCCUGAUGACUGUCACAGCCUUCGCCGGCCCGCUGAGCCCUUCAAAAGCAGAUGAUUUUCGGCGGUCCUGGAAGACACCACCCAGAGACCGAGCUGAGCAUUUUCACCACAUUCUAAAGUCUGAUCCUGACCGUGGGGCUGAGAGAGUGGGCAGAGACCUGGCUCAUGUGAUGGGUCACCCGUGGGCUGAGUACUGGGACUUUCUGGACAGUUUUGUGGAUCUGUCAUCAGCUGAGGGGCUGCGCAAACUUGAAGAGUAUCUUAGCAAGAGAGAUUUUAGCUCACGGGCCCAUGAAGAGACCGGGGAGAAUGAGACCAGCAACAGGUUCAGAACCCCCUCUCCAGGCAAGCUCAAAAAGUUCUGCAACUCCAUCUCUGUCGGUGCCUUCCUGGACGAGGGUGACGACAUCAGCCUUGAGGAGAUGAAGAAUCGUCAAAACGCAGCACUCACCAGCAUCACCGCCUCUGCUGCAUCCAAGGACGGUCUGAAGGGAGCAGUGGGCGGCCGGGAGUUUCACAUCCUGCCCAUUGCCCUGCACCACCGAGGGGCUGACCUUAUCGAGACAGCGGCAGAGCAGGACCUGCUGUGCUGCUGUGAUGACAGCCUCCUGACGCCUGGGGUCGUCUGCAAAAAUGGGGUGUGCUCCUCCUCCAGAGACAGGACUCACAAUGGAGACAAGGUCACCCCUCGCACCUCACCCUCCUCCUCCUGCCUGCUGUCGCCAAUCUCCAACCUCAUGGUGGAGUUUGAGCGCAUGUCGUUGCAAGAGCCACUGGACAGCCCCAGCAGCUGCAGGGAAAGGAGGAGCAGUGGAGGGAGCCGGCACCGGGACAUCCGUGACUCCUUCAGCUCUUCCUCAGCCACAGACCUGAGCUCCGGGCUGAACCGCUUGUCUCUAGGUCACAGCAGUCAGGACGAAGAGGGAGUGGAUAUACCAGGCUGGAGAACGGAGGUAGGAGAGGCAGAGGAGAGGCGCAGCAGUGGGAGCUCAGAGGAGUACUUUGAAGCAGAGGAGAGUCUGGAGAUGCUGGGAAGGACUAGGGGGUCAGGAUCAGGGGGGCGCAACUUCUGUGCUAGGUCCAAGUCAUGGGAUCAUGGAGGGAGGGACCUGAGCAGCUCAGGAUCCUCUGGGUCCUCAUAUAAGUCCUUAGAUAACUCAAACGAGUUCCUACCGAGGACCCCACCGCACAUUAGAAGAGGACUUUUCAUUGAUGGGGAUUCACCGACUAAGUUGGACAGGGAGGUCCUGUCAGCAAUAGAAGCCGUCGACGUCGACAUCGACUCCCAGAAGUAUCCCAGCAUUCAUAAGUGGAAGAGCACAAUUAAGUCAUACUCUGCAGCAGACAUGCAGAGCUGGCCCAGCCCUGCGGUGGUAAAACCACGACUCAGGAUGCAGAAUCAGACUCCCGGCUCCCCAGUCAGCGGCCUGAUGUCUCCCACCGGUCGCUUUAGUCCCGCCCGGCACGCCGCCUCACCAGAUUUCAGCCCCAGCCGUUACAGCCCUGCCAAUGCUAGCUACAUCCAGCGCAUCCGCCUCAAGCACUUAAACGAACCACCGGUCUAACCGCCAACUACAGCCCUGCCUCCUCCCAUUAUGGCCAUACCCUUUCCUUCUGACCCCUCCCCACCCUCCCACUACAAACUCAGCUGCACCCAGGUGUCUACACCAGAGCUCAGAAACCACAUACCUAACAGAGAUAUGCACAACUGUCUGGAAGAUUUGUAUUAAUGUACGGUACUACUCUGUAAUACAGGAAUCCUCAUCACGUUGGGUUGUGAUGUACACUCAAGACUUUUAAAAAGGAAAAAAGAAAUCUUGGUAAUUUAUGUACUGUAUGGGUGUGGACCAUGUUGAAUUGACGGUAAUGUUAUUUGUGGCCAGUGUGAAGCACCUGUAUCAUAGCCUGAGUCAACUUUUUGAAUAUCGUGAAAACAAGCCGCACUCCCCAAAGUUAGUCAUCACUCAACCUUAGUGUGGAAUCCUUAAAAGGAAUCUGUCACUGAAGAUGUUCUUAAAAAAAUUAAAAUGUCAAUAUUUUAAAAGUUAUUUUUUGUAUGUUGGUCAGUAGCACAAAAAAAGUAAAUGUUUUUAUUAAUGGUGUUAAAACCGACUGCCAUUUCCUAUGUUUCCCUCAGUUCAGGAAUUGCCUUAAUUUUCUGAAGUGAUGGACCAGUUCUUGGUCAGUUUGGACACACUCUCUCUAGCUCAAACACAAAAAUAUCUUCUGGAAACGGUGACCUCACUGGCAGCGUUGCUCACAGACGAUUACAGCAAGCAUGGGACAAACAAAUGGAGAAGACUGAGAGCUUCCAUGAUUUUAUUUAAAUCUUUAAUAAACACAUACAUUUUCCAUCUCUUCUCAGUGAUUCCUGGACAUGUCUUGACUUUUCCUUUUCCUGCCUCUACUGGCGGCCUUAGACUGUGCAAUUUUUAAUUUUACUCAAAAUAUCUUCCAUUCACAAGCAUUUCCCACAGUUUGAAUGACAAAAUUCCCCCUCAGUGAAGUGAUAUUUAGACUACCUGAUGAGUUCACCUUAAAGCUGUGUUAUGUGAUUUUAUCCACUGGGGACAAAGACUUAACAGUAACUGAAUUAUGGUUCAGUGCUUGGUUAUUAUGGCCAUUUUGUUGAUGAAAACUGCCUUACGCUCACAGAAAAUUAGCAGAGAUUUUCACUUUAGGCUGUUGACUCCUAGAGCGAUCAGCAGUACUCACCUUUUUCACUUUACAUAGGUAGUUUGGCAAGAUUUUAAAUGAAAACUAGCACUUACUAGAGCUUUAACGCCCUUCAAUUGUCAGGAAUUUGGUUUAAAAUUGGCACACAGUAAACUCCGCUCACACUGAAGGUUCAUGCAGUCCUGAACGCGGUAGAUCUGAAGGUGGAACGUGAAUGUGCAGAAACCUGUUGUAUCGAAUAAUUUGUACUUCUGAAGUCACUGAUGUACGAGGGCUUUUCAGCUGUGUAAAGGUCAAACAAAGCCAAUCAUUUUAAAUAUUCAGAUUAACACUCUAGUUGGUGUGAGAGGAACACGUGUUCUGAAUGUAAAUUUUUUGUGAACUAAACCUUUAUCUGAGAGCACAAAACUACUUCACUGAGAAGAUUGUACCGUCAUCUGCGUGCUCUCAGGUGACUACAGAUUGAAUUCUGGUCUCUGAAUGUUUAUGAAUGUGGAACUUUUGCAAAAAUGCACCUAAAAACUUAAAACAUGCUUCUUGUGCUUUUAGCAUUCUGUGCUUUCUUAAAAAAAUAACUUUCAUGGUGAAUUCUCUUUUCUGUAUGUCUAGACCUCAUUUGCUUUCAACUAAUCAAUAAAACUUCACUCCUACUUUA